AAAUGUUUUAUUAUCACCUCUGAUUUUUUGCGUCGAGUUGUUCCAUGACCAGACCACCAAGCAAACCAAGUCAGCCAGACUCGUAUACAUGCGCGAAUAUGUGCAUGUACAUAUGCUCAUAUAGUUUUGUCCAUGCAGCACUUUAGGCCUUAUCACCCACCACGUUGUUUGUCUUCUUCCUCUAACAAAAGGACCAUUUAUUUGAGGAGAUCAUACAUUAUGUGCAUAAGUGAACACUGGAGUAAAUGUGACUACGUGUGUACAUAAAUGACUGGAUAAUAAUUGGUUAUCUGCCGCUGGUGGAAUAAAUAGUCAUAAAUCCGAUGCGCUCUUAGUCGUUGGGAAGAAUUGUUAUCAAUAAUUGCUCUUAUCUCAACUCAUCCCAUUCUGUCAUCGAAUGACUAAAAAUCCAAUCUACCCGUCCAUCCAAUCUCUGAAACCUGUUGAACAAUAUCCUGUGAAAAAUAUCUGCAUAAACGAUUCUGCCUGAAGAAAAAAGUAUGAGGACGACUUGGUUGUUUGUGGUUGUGCUGGGAGUGGGUGUGCUGGCGAGUGUGGGACGCGGCGAGGGGGAUGCCACCGGAGGAGGAGGGGCAGACAUUGAAAUCGUCGGUCUCGGCGUCAACUGUGGGGAAAACAGUGUUUGUGACGACAAAAGCCACCUCGCGUGUGUCGAGUUGCAGUGCCACUGCAAUUUUGAGAAAGGGUUCGUCCUGGAUGACGCAGGGGUCAAGUGUGUGGCUGGAAACUCGGAAGAAUUGUCAGAGUACGAGGGCGAUGAGGAUGAGGACGAGGAUGACUCGAGCUAUGUAACUGAAUCUGGAGAGAACGACGAGGACGGGAACAAUGGGACCAAGGUCUGGCCGGAAGACGAGAGCAAGUGGGAACUUCCAGAAAAUAAUACUGAAAUGGGGUUGAAGAGUGAGGGUGAUGAAGAUGAAGAUGAAGAUGAAGAUGACGACGCUUCCGAUGAGGAGGCCGAGUCAGGCGAAAAAGCUGACGAAAUUUCCAGUAGUAAUAACGAGCUCAAGAAAAAAAUUGAUGAGGAUGCGUCUGCGGAUGAGAACGAGAACGCAAUCCCCCAGAAGCAAGACGCAGCAGUGAGCAAGGCAGAGACUGAUGGUGAAACGGCAAAAGAAGCAAAGAAAAUGUCACCACCAGAAGAGAAAGAGAAAGACGUCGUCGGACCAAACCAUGAUGAUGAUGACGAAAAUUCAGGUUUAUGGGAUGAUGAUGACGACGACGAUGAAGGGUCUUGGCAAGUUCAUCCUGAUGACGAGGACGAGAGUGAGGAGGACGAGGCAUUAGCGGUUCAUUGUGUGGAGGAUACAAAUUGCACAAGCUCGAGUUUGGGGCCACUGUCAAUUUGCAACAAGGCUAAAAGCAGCUGCGAAUGUCACGAUACCUUGGACAGGAAACCCACAAGGAAAACCAUCCAGCUUAACGGAAAAUGUCAAAUCUGGAGAGAAAUUGGUUUCGAGUGUUCGGACCACGCGGAGUGCGACCCCUUCAUUUCCGGUCCUGCCUGGUGCCAGACUGACAAGACGUCCAACUCUGGCUUCUGCGCCUGUGCACCCUUCCACGUCUGGGAUGAAGAGAGGCGGGCCUGCCUCCCUUACGCCACCCAGGGAACGUCGUCCCCUUGUUUCAACGACGACCAGUGUUCGGCAGAUGAGGCGCUAGGCCCCCUCUCCAGGUGCUCACAAGUGACGGGGUUCUGCGAGUGCAGGACAGCCUUGGGUCUGGGUGCGAAGAGAGUGAUUGAGUUUGAGGACAAGUGCGUGGAGGAGAGGAAACUUGGGGACGUUUGCCAAAUGGACCAAGAGUGUCAGGCCAGCCUAGGAGCGUCCGCAACGUGUCACCCCUUCACGGCAAAAUGUUCCUGCAAAGCGGGCCAUUUUUGCAACAAGAUGCUCGUCCGACCGGCCAUGUCAGGUUUCACGAUGAUCGUCCUCAUUGCAAUUUGCGCUUCGGUGAUGUUGGGGAGCGUGGGCUGCAUCGUGUUCAAGCGGAGGGGGACCGAGUCCUACGCCUUCAUUCCCGAGCACAAUGAUCGCGUCUGAGAGGAAAGAAUCGUGUGUAAUAUGUACAUAGUGUAAAAAAUGUGUAAAGUUUUCCAUUCUUCAGCAUUAUUAUUGAAAAUACUAAAAUACUUGAGUAAUAUAGCUUUUAAUGUAGUGUACGAUUAGAUUUUGACAUGAAAUUGUAAGAGAUGAAUUCGAAGCUAUAUUUAGUUAACAAAUACGGCACGACACACCACGCAGCCAUGACAUUGGUUCGGGAUAACUUUUAGUACGGGAGUGGCACAUGUUUUAUCAUAUCGUAUUUAUUAUUAUUACGACAGAGUGUAUGACGCGAGAGUUAUAAUGUUUGAGAUAUUAUGCAUGAGAGUUAUUACAAACUAUAUAUAUGAAUAAACUAUGUAAUUUAUGGAUAUGAAAUCCCGGAA